GUAUAAUCACAAAUAAUCACAAUUUAUAAGACAGCUCUCUCUUCUCUCUUCUCUCUUCAACUGUGCAGGAACAGAACAAACAAACACCAUUCCAUCCAUAGCAGAUCUCAGAUCCAGAGUCCCAACUCAUUCCAGAUCUCCGAAUGUUGGAUCGUUGCUCUCAAGUGUAAAAAGAUCUUGUAGAUACACUGUUCUUUACACUAAUAGUUAUGUCAAGGAGGCAAACAAAUCCAUCGCGGCGCUUAGCAGGCAGUGGUCCAUUUGGGGGUAUUUUUCAUCCCAAAUCACGCGUUUCUCCUUUGUUAUCUGUUGUCCUCAUCAUAGUGGGCGUAGUGCUCUUAAUAGGCCUUUUUCGCGGAGGCUCAGGUAUAUUUGCAGGCAACAAAGAAGCAAUUAGUAAGGUUGAAGGUGACUAUUCUUGUACAUUAGAAGUUCACAGGGCAAUACCUAUUUUAAAGAAAGCAUAUGGUGACAACAUGCGCAAAGUCCUUCAUGUGGGCCCCGAUACUUGUUCUGUGGUCUCUAAAUUGUUAAGAGAGGAGGAAACUGAAGCAUGGGGCGUCGAACCAUAUGAAAUAGAGGAUGCUGGGAGCUGCAAAUCUCUUGUACACAAAGGCAUUGUACGUGAGGCUGACAUCAAGUUUCCUCUUCAGUAUAGGCCAAAGUCAUUUUCUCUUGUUAUUGUGUCCGAUGCAUUGGAGUACCUCUCACCAAAGUACCUAAACAAGACCCUUCCAGAUUUGGCAAGAGUGUCUGCUGAUGGGCUUGUUAUUUUCACAGGUUAUCCUGGUAAACAGAGAGCUAAAGUUGCAGAGUUAUCCAAAUUUGGACGUCCGGCCAAAAUGAGGAGCUCGUCUUGGUGGAUACGUUUCUUUGGCCAAAUCAGCCUAGAAGUGAAUGAAGCUGCUGCUAAGAAGUUUGAACAAGCUGCAAUCAAGCUGUCAUACAAGCCGAGCUGCCAAGUGUUCCAUCUCCGUUCAUAUCAUUGAUAUAUAGUUUGAUGAUAUCUUCAUAAUUUUGUAAGCUUCUGAAGCAUCAAAUUUUCAGAAAGUGUUUUUUUCAAUUUUCAUAUGAAAUGUGCUCUACAUGGGGAUAAUCCAAUAUGGUAGAAGGGAUGUUGAUCAUACACCAUUGCAUGUUUUGUCCUUCAGCAUUAUACAGUCAAUUUACUAAAAAAAAUUUCAGCCUGAA